AUGGCUCACAUCUACGACAUCGGCACCCGCGCGUGGCAGCCCGACACCACCGAGGGCUGGGUUGCCUCUGAAGUGACGGACAAGCAGAUUGCGGGGGACAAGGUGAAGCUGGUCUUUAAGCUGGAAAAUGGCGAGACCAAGUCGGUCGAGACGACGCUGGAUGCCAUCCAGACGGGCAACGAUGCCAACCUGCCGCCCCUGAUGAACCCCGCCAUGCUCGAGGCCAGCGACGACCUCACCAACCUGUCCCAUCUCAACGAGCCCGCUGUCCUCCAGGCCAUCAAGCUCCGCUACCUGCAAAAGGAGAUUUACACAUAUUCCGGCAUCGUCCUGAUUGCCACAAAUCCCUUUGCCCGCGUCGACUCGCUAUACGUCCCCGGCAUGGUCCAGGUCUAUGCCGGCAAGCAGAGAUCCUAUGGCGCCCCGCAUCUGUUCGCCAUUGCUGAAGAGGCUUUUGCCGACAUGUUGCGAGACCAGAAGAACCAGACCAUUGUCGUGUCUGGAGAGUCUGGAGCCGGAAAGACGGUCAGCGCCAAAUACAUUAUGCGAUACUUUGCCACACGAGAGUCACCCGACAAUCCGGGCAAGCGGAGAGGCAAGUCCGACUCGAUGAGUGAGACGGAAGAGCAGAUUCUGGCUACCAAUCCCAUCAUGGAGGCCUUUGGUAACGCCAAGACGACGCGAAACGACAACUCGUCGCGUUUUGGUAAAUACAUUGAGAUCAUGUUCAACAAGCAGACGGACAUUAUCGGUGCAAAGAUUCGGACAUAUCUGCUUGAGCGCUCAAGAUUGGUGUUCCAGCCGCUUAAGGAGCGCAACUACCACAUCUUCUACCAGCUCGUUUUCGGUGCCACCGACGAGGAGCGCGAGGAGCUCUCGCUGAAGUCGGUCGAGGAGUUCAACUACCUCAACCAGGGUAGUGCGCCCGUCAUUGACGGCAUGGACGACGUGGCCGAGUUCAAGGCAACCAAGCAGUCGUUGACAAAGAUUGGCGUUCCAGAAGAGACACAGGCCGGCAUCUGGCGGCUGCUUGCGGCCCUCUUGCACAUGGGAGAUGUCAAGAUCACCGCAACACGGACAGACUCGAACCUCGCGCCAGAUGAGCCGUCGCUCGUCAAGGCUUGCUCACUGCUCGGCAUUGACGCAAACACGUUUGCCAAGUGGAUUGUAAAGAAGCAGCUCAUUACCAGAGGAGAAAAGAUUGUCUCCAACCUGACACAACAACAAGCUAUCGUGGUCCGAGAUUCCGUCGCCAAGUUCAUCUACUCGAGUUUGUUCGACUGGCUAGUUGAGCGAACCAACGAGAGUCUUGCCACCCAAGAGGUCAUCGCUUCUGCGCACACCUUUAUUGGUGUUCUGGAUAUUUAUGGUUUCGAGCAUUUCGCAAAGAACUCUUUUGAGCAGUUCUGUAUCAACUAUGCCAACGAGAAGCUGCAGCAAGAGUUCAAUGCACACGUCUUCAAGCUAGAGCAGGAAGAGUACAUGCGCGAACAGAUUGACUGGACAUUCAUUGACUUCGCCGACAACCAGCCAUGUAUUGACCUGAUUGAGGGCAAGCUCGGUAUCCUGUCGCUCUUGGACGAAGAGUCUAGGCUGCCCAUGGGUUCCGACGAGCAGUUUGUCACCAAGCUCCACCACAACUACUCGGGAGACAAGCACAAAUUUUACAAGAAGCCUCGAUUCGGAAAGUCGGCCUUUACCGUCUGCCACUAUGCCGUCGAUGUCACGUAUGAGUCUGACGGCUUCAUUGAGAAGAACAGAGAUACCGUGCCCGACGAGCACAUGGAGGUGCUCAAGGCCUCGAGCAACAAGUUCUUGACUGAGGUCUUGGAGACAGCCGCACAGAUCCGCGAAAAGGAGACGGCGAGCACCACCACUACCAAGCCAGGUGCCGCAGUGUCCGCUGGACGCAGGGUGGCUACCAACCGCAAGCCUACGCUUGGUGGCAUCUUCAAGUCUUCGCUCAUCGAGCUCAUGCAAACCAUCAACUCGACCGAUGUACACUACAUCCGUUGUAUCAAGCCCAAUGAGGCCAAGGCCGCCUGGCAGUUUGACGGACCCAUGGUCCUGAGUCAGUUGCGAGCUUGUGGUGUCCUCGAAACCGUCCGCAUCAGUUGUGCUGGUUACCCUACACGAUGGACGUAUGAAGAAUUCGCCCUGCGUUACUACAUGUUGGUCAGGUCUGCUGACUGGACACCGGAAAUCCGCAACAUGGCCACAGCCAUUCUGAAGAAGGCUCUGGGUACUGGCAAGAACGAUGGUACCGACAAGUACCAGAUGGGUCUGACCAAGAUCUUCUUCCGCGCCGGUAUGCUUGCGUUCCUUGAGAACCUGCGUACUGCCAGGCUCAACGAUGCGGCUGUUAUGAUCCAGAAGAACCUCCGUGCCAAGUACUACCGCCGCAUCUACCUCGAGAUGCGCGAGGCCGUAAUUUCAGUACAGUCGUUGGCUAGGGGCUACAUGACCAGGGAACGUACCGAAGAGGCGAGACAGGUCAGGGCUGCGACAACCAUCCAAAGAGUGUGGCGCGGCAGCAAGGACCGCAAGCGCUUCCUCGUUGUCAGGAACUCGGUCAUCAAGUUUGAGGCUGCCGCCAAGGGUUACCUUCUCCGCAAGAACCUCAUGGAUAAGAGGCUUGGCGAUGCUGCUCGCAUGAUCCAGCGCAACUGGCGUAAACAACGCUACAUCCGCGAGUACAAGAAGAAGAUCAAGCAAAUCAUUACCGUCCAGAAGCUCUGGCGAGGACGAAAGGCCCGCAGGGAGUACAAGGUCUUGCGUGCCGAGUCUCGCGAUCUCAAGAACAUUUCCUACAAGCUGGAAAACAAGGUCGUCGAGCUUACCCAGAACCUGGGCACGAUGCGCGAACAGAACAAGUCGCUCAAGUCACAAGUCGAAAACUACGAGAGCCAGAUCAAGUCGUACAAGGAGCGCAGCCGCACUCUGGAGAACCGCCAGAAGGAACUCCAGGCCGAGGCCAACCAGGCUGGUAUUACCGCCGCCAAGCUCAGCCAGAUGGAGGACGAGUACAAGAAGCUACAGAUCAGCUACGAGGAGAGCACUGCCAAAAUGCGACACUUGCAAGAAGAGGAGAAGGAGCUCCGUGCAUCGCUUAAGAGGACUACCGAGGACCUUGAGCUGUCCAAGAGGAGGAGCAAUGUCACCGAGACGGAGAAGAUGUCGCUCCGCCAGCAGCUUGCGGAGCUGCAGGAGCAGGUCGAGUUGAUGAAGCGCUCUGGCCCGCUUACCUCGGACAUCACCAACGGACACGCUCCCAGCAUCGCGCCCAGCAGCUUGAUCAAGCUUGUCUCGUCCAAGAAGCCCAAGAGGCGCAGUGCCGGACCCGAUACGCGCGACAUCAACCGCUUCAGCGAACAGUACAACCCUCGCCCAGUCUCCAUGGCUCCUGGCUCUACCAUCCACAGGCAGAACCUCUCGGGCUCAACGUUUGCUCAGCUUGACAAUGUUGAGCUUGAGCUUGAGAACAUUCUUGCCGAGGAGGACAUGCUGAACGACGAGGUCACUCUUGGCUUGAUCAAGAACCUCAAGAUCCCCUCGCCUACCACGACGCCUCCUCCUACAGACAAGGAAGUGCUCUUCCCUGCCUACCUCAUCAACCUUGUCACAUCGGAGAUGUGGAACAAUGGCUUCGUCAAGGAGUCUGAGCGCUUCCUUGCCAACGUCAUGCAGUCGAUCCAGCAAGAGGUCAUGCAGCACGAUGCCGAGGAUGCCAUCAACCCAGGUGCCUUCUGGCUGUCCAACGUGCACGAGAUGUUGUCGUUUGUCUUCCUCGCCGAAGACUGGUACGAGCAGCAAAAGACGGACAACUACGAGUACGACCGACUGCUCGAGAUUGUCAAGCACGACUUGGAGAGUCUUGAGUUCAACAUCUACCACACGUGGAUGAAGGUGCUCAAGAAGAAGCUGCACAAGAUGAUCAUUCCCGCCAUCAUUGAGUCGCAGUCUCUGCCCGGUUUCGUCACCAACGAGAGCAACCGUUUCCUCGGCAAGCUGCUCCAGGGCAGCAACACCCCUGCCUACAGCAUGGACAACCUCCUCACUCUGCUCAACAGCGUGUACAAGGCCAUGAAGGCAUACUACCUGGAGGACUCCAUCAUCACACAGUGCGUCACCGAGCUGCUGAGGUUAGUCGGCGUCACUGCCUUCAACGACCUGCUCAUGCGCCGCAACUUCCUUUCGUGGAAGCGUGGUCUCCAGAUCAACUACAACAUCACUCGUAUCGAAGAGUGGUGCAAGUCUCAUGACAUGCCAGAGGGUACUCUGCAGCUCGAGCAUCUCAUGCAAGCUACCAAGCUGCUCCAGCUCAAGAAGGCUACUUUGAACGACAUUGAGAUUAUCCAAGAUAUUUGCUGGAUGCUGAGCCCCAACCAAAUCCAGAAGCUGCUGAACCAGUACCUGGUUGCUGAUUACGAGCAGCCCAUCAACGGCGAGAUCAUGAAGGCUGUUGCCUCUCGCGUGACGGAGAAGAGCGAUGUCUUGCUGCUUACCGCAGUCGACAUGGAGGACAGUGGCCCAUACGAGAUUGCGGAGCCAAGAGUAAUCACUGCCCUUGAGACAUACACGCCAUCAUGGCUGCAAACACCCCGCUUGAAGCGCCUUGCUGAGAUUGUCUCACAACAAGCCAUUGCGCAGCAAGAAAAGCUCGAGUUUGACGAUGACAUGCCACCUGGCCAAUCCAACGGCGAUGCCAUGCACGCCCUGACUGGCGGCAUGGGCAUGAACGGCGGAAUGAACGGACACGCAACGAUUGAGGAAGGCAUUGAGGCAUGA